GACGAACUGUAAUCCUAUGUGCUUCUCUGGAGAUAAACAUAUUGAUCGUUAGUCAAAAGUCGAAGCUUUUGAUGCGAUAUGUAACCUAACAAUGAAGAUCCUGGUUUUCCUGGCCCUCCUGGGAAUAGGUCUAGGCCUACAUUUCGCUGCAGCAGUGACUCACUCUUUGAAGUAUUUCUACACUGCGUCUUCUGGAGUCCAAAACCUGCCAGAGUUUGUGGCUGUUGGGUUGGUUGAUGAAGUUCAGAUAAUUCACUUUGACAGUAACACCAGGAGAGCAGAACCUAAACAGGACUGGAUGAGCAGAGUCACAGCAGGAAAACCUGACUACUGGGAGAGGGAGACUCAGGUGUUGUUGAAUAAACAGCAGGUCUUCAAAGGCAACAUUGACAUUGCAAAGCUGCGCUUCAACCAAAUUAGAGGUGCACACGUUUUCCAGAACAUAUAUGGCUGUGAGUGGGACGAUGAGACUGGAGAGGUUAGAGGUUAUGAUCAGUUUGGUUAUGAUGGAGAAGACUUCAUGGCAUUUGACGUGAAGACAGAGACAUGGAUCGCUCCAACACCACAGGCUUUCAUCACCAAACAAAAGGCUGAUCACGACCAAACUUUGAAAGCACAAGACAAGAACUACCUGACCCGGAUUUGCGUUGACUGGCUGAAGAAGUAUUUGGACUAUGGGAGGAGCUCUCUGCUGAGAACAGAGCUUCCCUCAGUGUCUCUCCUCCAGAAGACUCCCUCCUCUCCAGUCAGCUGCCACGCUACAGGUUUCUACCCUGACAGAGCCACGAUGUUCUGGAGGAAAGAUGGAGAGGAGCUUCAUGAGGACGUGGACCACGGAGAGAUCCUCCCCAACAACGAUGGAUCCUUCCAGAGGAGUGUUGACCUGAAACCUCCAACUGGAGACUGGGAGAAGUACGAAUGUGUGUUUCAGCUCGCUGGUGUGAAGAACGACAUCGUCACCAAACUGGAGAAAUCAAAGAUCAGAACCAACCAAGGGAAUCCCUCUGACAUGACUGUCAUCAUCGUCAUUGUUGCAGUGGUUGUUCUUGCUCUUGUCGCCAUCGCUGUCAUUGGAUACUUCAUUUACAAAAAGAACAAAGCCAAACGCCCUCCAUCUCCUGAAAGCAACCCUGAGGUGCAGAAGGAGCUGAUCCAAAAGCUCUAA